AUGCACACAACUCAACACGCCCUCGCCCUCCUUCAUCCACAGACAGCAUGCACACAUCUCAACACGGCCUCGGCCUCCUACAUCAACAGACAGCAUGCACACAUCUCAACACGCCCUCGCCCUCCUUCAUCCACAGACAGCAUGCACACAUCUCAACACGGCCUCGGCCUCCUACAUCAACAGACAGCAUGCACACAUCUUAACACGCCCUCACCCUCCUACAUCAACAGACAACAUGCACACAUCUCAACACGCCCUCGCCCUCCUACAUCUACAGACAGCAAACACAUCUCAACACGCCCUCGCCCUCCUACAUCAACAGAGAGCAAACACACAUCUCAACACGCCCUCGCCCUCCUACAUCUACAGACAGCAUGCACACAUCUCAACACGCCCUCGCCCUCCUACAUCUACAGACAGCAAACACAUCUCAACACGCCCUCGCCCUCCUACAUCAACAGACAGCAUGCACACAUCUCAACACGCCCUCACCCCCCUACAUCCACAGACAGCAUGCACACAUCUCAACACGCCCUCGCCCUCCUACAUCUACAGACAGCAUGCACACAUCUCAACACGCCCUCGCCCUCCUACAUCUACAGACAGCAUGCACACAUCUCAACACGCCCUCGCCCUCCUACAUCUACAGACAGCAAACACAUCUCAACACGCCCUCGCCCUCCUACAUCAACAGACAACAUGCACACAACUCAACACGCCCUCGCCCUCCUACAUCAACAGACAACAUGCACACAACUCAACACGCCCUCGCCCUCCUACAUCCACAGACAGCAUGCACACAACUCAACACGCCCUCGCCCUCCUUCAUCCACAGACAGCAUGCACACAUCUCAACACGCCCUCGCCCUCCUACAUCCAACUCGAACGCCCAUACAAUCAGCCUAG